AUGCCUCUUGAUGAUAAUUAUAUUCUCUUUUUUCCCCCCUUCUUCUUUCUUCCCUCUCUAUGUUUCUCUCUUUUUUCUUUGAUCUCGUUCCAAAAUCCUGCAGCUGCAUUGCAUGAGUUCAUCUUUACCACGGUGUUGUGUUCAUUAUCCCUGUUUUAUCUUGACAAAACAAAAAGCGAGAAGCAGAGAGAAGAAAGAAACGGAAGAAAAAGAGAAGGAGUAGGCGGUUCUAGAAGGGAUGAAGGGAUGGUCUCCUGGUCUCCUGGUAUGCUGAAUGCCGUGUCCUUUGCUCCUUUUUCUGCUGUUUUGUGCCUUGUUGGAAGGUGGUUCUGGUACUUACUUACGAGACUUGAGGGGCCCUUGCAGGCUGGCGAGCUGGAUAGAGAAAUGCAAAGAGCAAAUGAUUCAUGA